UGUAGUAUAUUUAUAGUAAUAAAAUGGCUUGUGACGACUAUGACGAUCUUGUCGAGCUCGGCAUCGAAGAUGAAUUAAGUUCAGGAUUUUCAAAAGCUUCCGAUUAUGUGCAAAAGAAUGCCUCUAGCAUGAGUAGCGAAGUUCUCUUGAAACUCUAUGCUUACUACAAACAAGCGACUGAAGGAAAAUGCAACACUCCCAAACCCAGCUGGUAUGAUUUAAGGGCCAAGUCUAAAUGGGAGGCUUGGAAUAAUUUAAGAGAAUUACCUCAAAACGAAGCCAAACAAUUGUAUAUUAAUAUAAUUCGCGAGUUGGACUCCAGCGUCUUGACUGAUGUGUCCAGUAGUAAGGAAGGAUGGGUAACUGUGUCCACAUUGCAACAAAACAACGAAGAAAAAGUCGAAUCCGAUUAUGAAUUUCUUGAUUACAUAAAGGAUGGCAAUUAUGCGAAGGUCGCGGAUUUGCUUAAAAACAAUGCAAUAAAAUCGGAGAUCAACGCGCUGGAUGGUGAAGGUUUGGCUGCAAUACAUUGGGCAUCCGAUCGAGGUUCAUACGAAACUAUUAAGAUGUUACUAGCUAAUGGCGCCAAAGUGAAUCUUCAAGAUGCCGAUGGACAAACCGCGUUGCAUUAUGCUGCCAGUUGUGGGCACAGUGAGUGUGUUAAAGUUUUGCUAUCUGAAGGUGCUGAUCCAAAAUUGAAGGACUCCGAUGGGUCCGACUGUUUUGGUGUCGCUUGUGAUGAGACUGUAACUAGUUUAUUGCGGAUGUAGAAAGUGGAAUACAUAUUGUUAUCUUAAUAUCAUGUCACUGUCAUUUUAAAUGUAAUAAUUAUCUUAUACAUACUUUUCUUCUUUUAUUAUUAUUAAAAUGAAAACACUGUAAAAAA